AUGGCAUCGUCUUCUCUACAAAUCUGUGCAUUGCUGCUGGCUUUAGCAGGAUUCACCAUUUCCCUUGUUACUACCAUGUCUAACAGAUGGAAAAUUGCGGACACCGCAACAGGGCUAGCUACUGCAGACUGGAUUUCUGAAGGUCUUUGGAUGGACUGUGGAGUGACUGCUUUUGGGUCAAUAGAGUGCAAGAAAUUUCUCUACAUGUUGAGUUCAGACACUCAUAUUCAGGCUUGCCGUGCCUUGAUGAUUGCUUCCAUCCUCUUGGGAUUCAUAGCUACAGUGCUCUCGCUGCUUGGUUUGAAGUGCACAAAUGUUGGGUUGAGCGAUGAAGAUGCAAAAAGGAAGUUUGCUGUCACGGGAGGAUUUCUCUUUAUUUUAGGAGGUCUCUGCUCCAUGGUUGCUGUUUCUUGGUACGCUGCGAUGGUUACUGCUCAGUUCUUUGACCCAUUGUUCGCUGGAACCAAAUAUGAACUAGGAGAUGCUCUGUACUUAGGCUGGGCUGGAUCUGUUCUUUAUAUGCUUGGUGGAAUCUUACUGACCUGUUCAUGCAAAGGGAAGAAAAAACAGGGCUACAGUUGCAACAAAUACGCAUAUUCAGCAGGCCAGGCAGCUCCUCAGCAGCGCAUUUACACCAAAAACUCUGAGACAAUCAUAAGCAACAAAGAGUAUGUCUAA